GGCAAACCGUUGGCCAUUUUCUAACCCAAUAUCCGUAAGUUUAUUCUUUCUAAUUUAUUCCUCCCUUUCCAUUCUCUCUCCUCUUUCUCUCUCAUCUUCAUCCUCAACCUCUCUGAGAAUUUCUAUUUCUCUUCGCUCCAUCAACAAAUUGCUAUCCAAUUUCGGUUACAAUUUGAGGUGGAGAAAUCCAUAUUGUUGGAUCAUACACUGUUUCUUGCGAAAUUUGCUUUUUCAUUAUGGUUUAUCAAUUUCUACCGGGUCCUCCAUCAAACAGCUACUUUUAAUUUGGAUGAGUGGAAUAUAUGUAUAAAGCGAUGAAUAAUCACGAGCUUCGUAGACCCACAUCAGGUAAAAGAAGGCUUAAGGAUCUACUGCUUCAAAAGGAUAACCGCACUUGUGCAGAUUGCGGAGCCCCAGAUCCAAAAUGGGCAUCAGCAAAUAUUGGAGUUUUUAUAUGUUUAAAAUGCUGUGGUGUGCAUAGAAGUCUUGGAACUCAUAUCUCAAAGGUUUUAUCAGUGACGUUGGAUGAGUGGUCUGAUGAAGAUAUAGAUGCGAUGGUUGAGGUUGGAGGAAAUGCUUCAGCUAAUUCAAUAUAUGAAGCUUUUAUUCCAGAUGGAUCCUCAAAACCUGGACCUAAUGCAAGUCAUGAUGAUCGUAUGAGAUUCAUUAGAUCUAAGUAUGAGCUUCAGGAAUUCCUGAAGCCUAGCUUACGAAUCACGUCGAUGCCUGCUGCGAAAAGCUCACUUCAAACAAGCUUCUCUAAGAAGCUGUUGAAUAGUUUCCGAGGUUCACAUUCAUCAAAGUUAUCAGAUGGAUCUGAAGGAAUGGUCGAAUUUAUUGGAGUAUUGAAGAUCAAAGUGGUAAAAGGGACUAAUUUAGCAGUCAGAGACAUGCUAUCAAGUGACCCUUAUGUUGUGCUGAAUCUUGGACAUCAGACAGUUCAAACAUCUGUUAUAAGAAGCAACCUGAAUCCUGUUUGGAAUGAGGAACUUAUGCUUUCUGUACCUCAACAAUAUGGAUCUGUGAAAUUGAAAGUGUUCGAUCAUGACACGUUCUCGGCUGACGACAUCAUGGGUGAAGCUGAGAUUGAUAUCCAGCCAUUGAUAACCUCUGGGAUGGCAUACGGGGACCCAGGAAUGUUUGGUGAUAUGCAAAUAGGGAAAUGGCUGAAAUCACAUGAUAAUGCUCUUAUAGAAGAUAGCAUAAUAAACAUAGUUGAUGGAAAGGUAAAACAGAAAAUGCAACUCAAGCUUCAGAAUGUUGAGUCUGGAGAUCUAGAAUUAGAAGUCGAGUGGGUCCCACUUGAGCAAUAGAUAUCAACGUUAAAACCCCAUUUGGGAAUUUAAAAGACAAGAACAAACUGAUUUCACAGAAUAAGGUUUGCAGCAUUAAGAGGUUCCAGAAUGAGAUUUCAGUAGUACAGUCAACAGUGUAUCUUAUGUAUUUAUCUAUUUGUUUGUUUUUUUAGUUCGAUUUGAGAAUUGGUUGAUCUAUUUGUUAUUGAAAGUUUUGUACUGGUCAAACUUUAUUUUUUGUAUUGAUUUUGGGUACUAUUGACUGAUAAAAGCAAAUUUUACGUUUUAUGCGUAAUUUAUGAUAUUAUUCUUGACCCUUAAAACAUAAAA